CCACAUCAUCAGGCACCGGCUUGGUCUAUGCUGUUGCGUUCACAGACAACAGUCAUGGAUUAGAGGCCCAGGGAAACAAACGAGGCCUAUCAGGCCCACAUGUUAGCCUGGAGUACCGAGACAAAGAAGCAAGCAGAUGACGUUGCGGCGGCAGCAAAGAAGCGAGCAGAGGAUGCCGAGCAGGCACGUCUGCCAGCACUUGAACAACAGCGCCAGCAUGACGAGGCAGCAGCAAGGGCUGCCAAUGAAGAAAGAACCCAGCGUCGUGAGAAGAUAUUUAUCGGAGAGCGGGCGUUACUUACCAUGGCAGCAGAAUGGCGGACCGAGGCCGAGAAUAGCCAGUUGGAGGACAGCGCGAACAAGAUAGCGCUCUUCCUCUCGCAUCUCACGAAUCUCCUGGCAACCUGCAUUACACAGCAGGCGGAGAUCCUUGGUCUCGACAGCUCGCUGGCUCAAGUCCAAAACCGCCUUCAGCGGUUGGAGCACCGACCAGUCGCGGCAGCCGACGCAGGCUCUUCCAACACUGCCGACCGCCUCAAUGCAUUGGAGAUGGACGUCGGCUCACUCAAGGAUGGCGUGCAAUUACAGCAGACCGCGACGCAACAGUUGCAACGACGGAUCUGCACUACCGCCACCACCUCGAGUUCAGAACCGCGUGAGACAACUCCAAAGUUCGACGGGCAGGAGAUCUUCUACGACUCAAUGAAGACAUACCCGAUUCCAUGGUUUCACAAGUUUCAGCUCACGCUGCAGCUCCACAACGUCAAGGAAAACCAGCACCACGCUUACUUGUACUCUCGCUCAGGGGGCGCGUGUCAGGCUUGGUUGGACAACCUGUUGUCCAAGUACGGAGUGGUAGCCAACGACUUGCACACCAAGAUCAGUUGGGAUGAUCAAAAGGCGGCGUGGCACAAACGGUUCCAGGUGGAGCCGCCCGAAAUCAAAGCCAUGGACAAGCUCAUGGUCUUCGAACAAGGCACGCUGCCGAGUACGGACUGGAUCGCCGAGUACCAACGCUUGACGUCAGUCCCAGACAUCCAGAUGGGCUUCAAGGCCAUCUGCCACUACUUCAUCUCAAGGUCAUGUCCGACAUUGAGCAAUGCCCUGACGCAUGUCGAGGACACCUUGACGACGACGGCGGCGGAAUUAUUUGACAAGGCUGCGCAGAUCAUUGUCAUGAACAAGGAGGCCAAGAACCUCCGUUCAUCUGCGUCAGACCCGAGCGGGAACCAGCAUCGGCCAAGAGUGGUCGUGGUCGCAGCGACAACGCCAUUGGACCAAACCAGCGAGGCUGUGUCUGCGAGUGAAGGGGACAGAUUCGCAGCCGCCUGGGAAGGGUUGCCCAUUGAAAGGCAAGGGCAGACAGGGAAACUGAGCACCACCGAGAGUGAUGCGAUGACACUCUCGACGCUUUCGGAACUGGUUUCUUCACGAGUAACCAGCCUUCAUUCCGAGGCGCACGUGGAAGUCGACAGUCCUCCGCUUCUACUUUCUUUUGAGGACUAUGCUGCCCGGCUCAUUCCAACGCUGGGUACUCAAGCUCAAGGACAAGGAGUGUGUGCGGUUUCUUCUCCGUCUGGCAACAACGACAUAUCGUCUUCAAGUGGUUCUUCACGGGAUUCGGCGCGCGAGUUCAAUAUAGAGGCAUUGGACCCGCUCACGUCUGAGGACUUUGCAUGGCUUUCUCUCUUGACCACAGGCUGUUUGUCGGGACUGCAAUGCGCAGCACUUAGCGCUAAUCUUCACACUUACCUAUCCUUCUAUGCACCACCAACUUCGCCGACGGAUGGCGAAGUCGCGGUGGGGGACAUCGUGGCGUAUACUACCAAGGUGGCCCACGAGUUUCGCACGCAGCGGUACGAUGAUAACAACGCACCACUCAUGUAUGUCCGCAUUCAGGUUGAGCAAGCGUUCUGCAGCGCUUUGCUGGAUAGUGGCGCAUCUUGCAACUUCUUGAACCAGUCUUUUAUGCAAAGGGCUGGCCUUGGCGCACAAGCUCGGAGGAAGGCAAACCCGACGGCGAUCAAGUUGGCGGAUGGAAAGACGCAACAACUUCUCGACCGUUACAUCGAGGCCGUACCGGUCUACUUCGCACCUCAUACAUUCGUGACAGCCAAAUCAUUCCGGGCGACUAGCGCUUACGAGCAGCCCGAGGAGAUCGACCUAUGUUUCCUACGGACCGUCGCGGUAGCCGACUCUUCACCCACGGACUUGUCCUCGGACCCCCGUGGUGUACGGUUGCUGGACGAGUUCGCCGACAUCUUCGAGUCACCUACCGGUGUGGUGCCGGGUCGGCCGAUCUCUCACGAGAUCAUUCUUGAGGCCGGUGUCGUGCUGCCGAAAGGUUGCAUCUAUCGGAUGAGCGAGGAGGAGUUUGAGGUCCUCCGCGCACAACUUGAUGAUUUGUUGGCCAAGGGCUGGAUCCGCCCGAGUAGCUCCCCAUAUGGAGCACCAGUUCUCUUCGUCAGGAAGAAGAACAAGGAUCUACGAUUGUGUAUCGACUACCGCAAGCUCAAUGCGCAAACCGUCAAAAAUGCGGGGCCUCUUCCUCGCAUCGACAAUCUUCUCGAGCGGUUGGUUGGCACGAAGUAUUUUUCCAAGUUGGAUUUGAAAUCGGGAUAUCAUCAAAUCUCGAUGCAGCCGAACGAUCGCUACAAGACCGCGUUCAAGACCCGGUACGGACAUUUUGAGUGGGUGGUCAUGCCUUUUGGCCUCACCAACGUCUCAGCGACCUUUCAGGCGGCGAUGACCAAUGAGUUUCGUGCAAUGUUGGACCGGUUCGUGCUGGUCUACUUAGACGAUAUUCUCGUCUGUAGCCGGUCCUUGGAGGAUCAUCUGGGGCAUCUUCGACAAGUGUUGGAGACGCUCCGCCGCGCCAAGUACAAGGCCAACCGCGACAAGUGUGAAUUUGUCCGGCAAGAGCUGAGAUACUUGGGCCAUUUUGUCACACCGGAGGGCAUCAGUCCGCUAUCGGACAAGAUUCAGGCCGUCCAAGAGUGGCCGGAGCCUCGGAACGUCACGGAUGUCCGCUCGUUCCUCGGUCUUGCCGGCUACUCUCAGCGCUUCAUUAAAGGCUACUCCAAAGAUUGCGGCCCACUUGAACAAGCUUCAGUGCGAGGAUCGGCCGUUUGACUUCGGAGAGGAGGCGCACGGAUCAUACUUCACUCUCAAAGUCGCGCUAUUGUCUGCG